GAAAACGCGAUGAUCGGAAGAUAACGAAAGAGUACGAGUACACUUGCUCGUGUAUGAUACACUGCAUAAUAUGACUUAGUACACUCAGUAUGUUACUACUGACACUUCUGAUCGAACUGAGAAAGUGACAUCACGUAUUAUUAUUAUUAUUAUUUCACAACUUGUGUUUAUCCUAAUAAAAUGGAAGACAACGACAAAGGAAAAGUGUUAGUUUACAUGGAUAAUUCGAACAUAUUCAUAAACGCUCAGGAAUGUUCGGCUAUGAAGAAAAAUUUUCUUGUACCUCAAGAUCCUCGUUGUAGAAUUGAAAUUGGCAAAUUAUUCGGCAUUGCGCGGAAAGGUCGCUUCGUUCUGCAGGCCCGAUUGUAUGGCUCGGAGCCACCAGCUCUGGACUCAGUUUGGGACGCCAUACGAAAAAAGCAUAUCGAAGUCAGUGUCUCAGCAAGAUCGUCUUGGAAUGAUAGAGAGAAAGAGAUUGAUACAAAUUUAACGGCAGACGCUGUCGAAGACAUUAUAACGUACAAGAAAUAUGCAAGCCAUACAGAUUCAGCGGUGUUGAUUUUCAGUGGCGACAAAGAUAUGUCCAGCACCAUACGCAAGGCGAAACAAUACAAAUGGAACAUCGAAAUUUGGUCGUUCAAGAAAGCCAUAUGUAACGAGUUUGUUCAGGACAGACAUAUCCAAACAUUUUUCAUCGAUAACGAUGAAUGUUUCGAAAAAGUGUCGUUUUUUGCUGUGGAACAUCGUGGAAGAAUACCGCGAGAUCGAUCCCUCGUUAUACGUUACAAUGGACUUGACACGUCAAAACCGAAAUCACUGGAAACUUUCUCGAAUUCCAUUGUUCGAUGGUCCUCGGAAAUAUUUCGAUUGCCAAUGAUGAUACGACUCAACGAUUCGAUAAUUAUACUUGUGGUCGCUUGUGCCCAGAAACGAAACGAAUGCACGAUGUACGACUUCACAAAAGACGUCUGGAAUAAGUGUGAUCGAUUACGCGAGAAAAUACAGAACGGAUUUCCAUCACUGAAGAAUAUUGAAUUCAUGACGUAUGUUCAAUUCAUCCAAGCAAAUGCCGAUCUGGGCUGCGAGGCGGAUGAUCAGAAUUUUCCGAGCGAUGACGAGUUUCCUGUUGGACAUCCCGACUAUCCGGUAGAUGAGAAUUUCACAACGGUUGCGCGAAAAACCAGAAGAAGCAGUCAGAAAUUUUCUUCAAACUGCGCCUUUGGUUUUCGAUGUUCUAACGGUGCAAAAUGUUCUCACGUUCAUUCCGACGAAGAGAAGGAAUAUUUUAAAAUUGAAACAACGCCGCCGAAACGCUAUAACUACAAGACGAAACUAUGCUAUCACAGUAAUUGCAAGUUUGCCAAGAGAGCGUAUUUGUGCUCGUUCGCACAUUCACUUCAAGAAGCAAGAUGUGUUAUAUGCGAUACUAUUGGAUUGCAUUGGACCGAUAAAUGUCCGGUAGGAAGAGAAACAUCCAAGAAGUAAAUCACGCAGAAACGUUAAAAAUCAUAUGUAAAUCUUCAUUUUUUUGCGCUAAAUGAACUAAAUUAUCAAAGAACA